UGCGCGUAUUUAGUUACGAAUCAGUAGUGAACAAAUUUAUCAAUCUAAGAAGUUGUAUAUGAUAUGAUAUAUGUAGGAGGAUAUGCAGCUAAAGUGUCUUCGAUUGACUUAAGGAAAAUGUAUUUAUGAAGGACAAUUCAAGUGUUAUAAACCUGGAUGCUACAUUUAUUAAAUCGGGUUGUUUUGGGAUAUUACGUUUUAUGAGGCUUAAUCUCUAAUCAGGAAGUGAUAUUUAACUUCUCAAACGUGACCGUGACCAUUCUCAGUCACAAUCAGGACCAAAGUUCACGUACUAGAGAGUGACCAAGUAAGAUACUAGAUAGAUACCACACACGAUACUACUUAGUGACUACACAAGAUACUACACAAUGACCCAACAAGAUACUACCUAGUGACUACCCAAGAUACUACCUAAUGACCCAACAAGAUUCUACCUAGUGACCGCACAAGAUCCUACCUUGUGACUACGGAAGAUACUACAUAGUGACUACCUAGUGACUACACAAGAUACUAGCUAUAGACCACACAACAAGACUGCUUUGUGACCGUACAAGAGACUACAUUGUGACCGUACAAGAGACUACAUUGUGACCGCACAAGAGACUACAUUAUGACCGUACAAGAGACUACAUUGUGACCGCAAAGGAAACUACAUUGUGACCGCACAAGAGACUACAUUGUGACCGCACAAGAGACUACAUUGUGACCGCACAAGAGACUACAUUGUGACCGCACAAGAGACUACAUUGUGACCGUACAAGAGACUACAUUGUUACCAUAAAAAAGACUACUUUGUGACCGUACAAGAGACUACAUUGUGACCGCACAAGAGACUACAUUGUGACCGCACAAGAGACUACAUUGUGACCGCACAAGAGACUACAUUGCGACCGUACAAGAAACUACCUUGUUACCAUAAAAGGGUUGAAGUAGUGACCAUACAAAAGACUACCUAGUGACCACGCAAGGUACAGGCUAGAGACCGCACAAAAGACUACCUGGUGACCGUACAAUGGACUACUUAGUGACCGCACAAGCGACUACUUAGUGACCAUGCAAGGUACAGGCUAGUGACCGCACAAGAGACUACCUAGUGACCAUGCAAGGUACAGGCUAAUGACCGCGCAAGAAACUACCUAGUGAGCACAUUAGAUACUAUAAAAGUAACCCGCUGGGUUACCAAAGCGUCUCAACCGUAUGUGAAUAUACGUUUAAUAUAACUUCACAAUCUAAACUGAUCAUGGAACGCAACUCUAUGCAUAAGCCAGAGACGAACAGCUUAAACUAUUUUAAAUGACCACAACUUAUCAGGUACUGAAAGUGUACGUACUUAAUGCUUAACAGUGAAUGUACAAACGCUUAUAUUGGGCCUAAGCUGGGAAAAAACGUCAUACUCCGAAAAUUUACCACGCUUCGUCAUAACCGGAAGUGACAGAUGGGUAGCGGUUGUCACGGGACGCUGGUUGGCCACCGAAAGUUGGGUGGCGACCGAUCGGCCGGCGGCACCCAGGUGACGCUUCUGGCGGUCGGCUGUCUUCUCUGGGUCUCCUUUGCUCAAACAUCCGGAUUCCAAGACAAAAUGUGGACAGAUGCUCACAAUGCAUGCCGAACGACGAAUACAACCUUGCCCGAAAUGUAUCUAGGGAGCACCCCAAAGGAAAGGAUUCGACUUGUUGGGUCUACAGGGCCUCUUUGGCUGAUGGGAUUAGAAGUAGUCGGACGAGUGAAUGGGGACGGGAGGUGGCAUGGCGUCCUUUACCUGAACUCAACAGAUAAAGCAAAUGUGGUUUGUGGGGGUGAUGUUACUGGCCAGAUAACAUAUGCUGAUGCGAAAAGAACGUGUAGCGAUAAAGCUCCGAUGUUGAGCGUAACGGCAUCCAACAUAUCGCAUACGGCGCAGGAGCGCGAUCAAUUAAACUCCAGUCUUUGGAUCGACACCAUUGACCCUGGCGAGUUUAUAAACGCUGAUGGCACGGAUGUUCAGAUUCUCUGCUACAUUCUGACAGAGACAGGGGAAAUUCAGACAGACAACUGUACAAACAGUCACCCCUUCAAAUGCGUUAACGGCAGUCUAGCGCCUGUGGUGCGGUACUUUGGGAACAAAACAUUCCCGUUUAAGCGCUACUCUUCCCACACGACACACGGAGGAAUGGAUAAAAAUUUGCUUAUUCCGCUGGUCUGCGCCGGGGCAGUUGUCCUUCUUGCUGUUGUGAUCGCCGUCUGCCGCUGUUGUUGUCGCCAAAAUAGGCAUGGAAAAAGCGGGUCACCAAAUUUGGCCGAUAACUACUCGGAAACCGCCGAUUCCGUCACGUUUAACGCGUUGAAAUCGUCGGAAGCCAACGACUACGCCACGCCAUCAGACGCGCUUUUAGGAGGCGGCCCAAAGACAGCUCGUUCCAGGUCGUCUCUGAUUGAGGGCGAAUACGAUGUUUUGCAACAGGGGAACACACAAACAGAUAAACCUAAACGAGAGGUGGCGAAAGUGAACGCUUAUAAUCACGUGACAAUUGUGCCGCCCAAUCAGGAUCGAGCGAGUGGAUCAAAGGAGGGCGAAAAUGAAUAUGACGUGUCAACCUUACAUAAACAGACGAACAUUGUUGUUGAUCCAGAAAAGGGGUCCGGAAAUGUUUAUGGUCACGUGGAUAUUAGAUAGUAUUAAGGCCAGAAAACAAUAACUGUCUGUUUCCGAUUUCAUUGCCCCCCAAAAUAAGGAUAGGUCAGGAUUUUUGUACAUUUUUUUAUUUUAAAUUGCAUGUAAAUUUGUUUCUGAAUAUCAUUACAUUACACACUUAAAACUGUUACCAUUUUGUCUAGGUAUCGUUCACUAAAGCGCUUUAUAAAAACUACACAUUUACGCGCUUUUUCGAAGCAAUGCACUAUCGAAAAGAUAAGCUAAAAAGAAGAACAAAUACACAGUCAGAAAAAAUGUACCGAUAUCAAUACAGUAAAACUUCUGUAGCUCGAAAAGGCGAUAACUCGAACAGGCGAUACUUCAAGACCUGAGGAUUGGUCGAUUACGGGGCUAAGUCCCGACCCUUCAUCCUUCUAUUUUCAUAUUAAAUAUUAUAUGCAAAAAUAAGGUCCGGCGGGAAAAGUAAAAGAAGGUCGGGAAUUCGGAAAAAACUUUUUGUAUUCAGAAAGAAAGUGUAUCUGUGAAAUGUGUGCGAUGUAAUUUUGUUAACAUUGUCUAAACAAUAUUUGUAUAAAACUAUAAACUGUUUUGAUACCUUUGAUAAAAGAGCAUUAUAUGUUUAGUUGGAGUUUUCAUCGAAAUAUUCCGGUUAAUAAAUUGGCGAAAACUGUA